UGACAGCCUUGGUAGGGACAAAAACCGGGGAACAAUGGCCGCAGAGGACCAAUUAAGCAAUUGCCAUGCCAAGUGGUAUCUUCCGGCUCUUAAAACGUUGUAAAACUGGACAGACUCCAUUUCCAACCUCUGCUUCCUUUGAUCUUUCCGCCCAACACUCUCCAUUCCCUUUCCUUCCUUCCUUUCUCCAGCUAUUUAUAUAGUAAUCCUAAGCCUCGACCUGCCCUCGUCUCCGAUUAUCGCCGCCGCCGGUCUAAUCUACCAAUGCUGCUCCAUUGAAGCCUUUCUACCCCGUUUUUCCCUAAGUAUCAGGAUAUUCGACUUCUUUGCAAACAAAACCAUGAGCGUGUACAUAAUUGGGGCUAUUGUCCCGCUGGUGGUGACCCUUCUUCUCCGGAAGAAUUCUAACGACGGGAAGAAACGCGGCGUCCCGAUCGACGUCGGCGGCCAGGCCGAGUAUGCAAUUAGGAACGCCGGUUUCGCUACCCCGCUGGAAACGGCCUGGGAAGGAGUGUCCACUCUGGCCGAGCUCUUCGAGUUCGCUUGCAAGAUGCACGGGAACAAGGAUUUGCUGGGGACCCGGAAGUUGAUCUCCAGGGAGGUUCAAGUGAGUGGAGACGGGAGGUCCUUCGAGAAGCUUCACCUGGGAGAGUACGAGUGGCUCACCUACGCUGCAGUGUUUCAGAGGGUCUCCAAUUUCGGUUCUGGGUUGGCUCAACUCGGGCAUCUGAGGGACGAGCGGGUCGCCAUUUUCGCUGAUACCAGAGCUGAAUGGUUCAUUGCGUUGCAGGGUUGCUUUAGGCGUAAUGUCACAGUGGUUACCAUCUACUCUUCACUCGGGGAAGAAGCUCUCUGCCACUCGUUGAAUGAGACUGAAGUUACCACUGUGAUUUGUGGGAGCAAGGAACUGAAGAAACUUGUGGAGAUAAGUGGGCAACUCGACAGCGUGAAACGGUUGAUAUGUAUGGAUGACGAUGUUCCUUCUGUGGCAUCUCCACUGGAGCAGAGUGGGCGGUGGACAGUUAAGUCGAUGGCAAGUGUGGAGAAACUGGGCCAAGAAAAUCCUACGAGGGCUGAUUUGCCUCUGCCAGGUGAUGUUGCUGUCAUCAUGUAUACAAGUGGGAGUACUGGGUUACCAAAGGUUUGCUCUCUUCUCUUCCUCUCUUUGCUUUUGUUUUUGUCCUUUUGUCUUGUUCACCAGAUGUCAAUGUUUCUUAAAGGAGUGAUGAUGACACAUGCUAAUGUCCUGGCUGUAGUUUCUUCUGUCAGGACCAUUGUUCCUGGCCUUGAGAGCGAUGAUGUUUAUCUCGCAUACCUUCCAUUAGCUCAUAUACUUGAAUUAGCGGCCGAAAAUAUAGUUGCUGGUGUGGGAAGUGCUAUAGGAUACGGAAGUCCUUUGACACUUACCGACACUUCAAACAAGAUAAAAAAGGGAACCAAAGGGGAUGCUUCUGCAUUGAGGCCAACUGUGAUGGCAGCUGUUCCAGCAAUUCUUGACCGUGUUCGAGAUGGCGUGCGUAGUAAGGUAGAUGCAAAAGGUGGAUUGGCCAAGUGUCUAUUUGACUUGGCAUACAAUCGCCGGCUGUCAGCAGUGAACGGGAGUUGGUUCGGAGCUUGGGGACUAGAACUGCUUCUGUGGAACCUUUUAGUUUUUAAGAAGGUGCGGGCAGUUUUGGGAGGCAGAGUGCGGUUUUUGCUUUCUGGAGGUGCUCCUCUUUCUGGUGAUACUCAAAGAUUUAUCAACAUUUGCCUUGGAGCUCCAAUUGGCCAAGGUUAUGGUCUCACUGAGACUUGUGCUGGUGGGACCUUUUCUGAGUUCGAUGAUACUUCUGUUGGUCGAGUUGGCAAUCCACUUCCUUGCUCGUAUAUUAAGUUGGUGGAUUGGCCAGAAGGUGGAUAUUUGAUUACUGAUUCACCUAAGCCUCGUGGGGAAAUAGUCAUUGGCGGUCCUAAUGUCACCCUUGGGUACUUCAAAAAUGAAGAGAAAUCAAGAGAAGUCUACAAGGUUGAUGCGAAAGGCAUGAGGUGGUUCUACACAGGCGACAUUGGUCAGUUCCAUGCUGAUGGAUGCCUGGAGAUAAUUGACCGCAAGAAGGAUAUAGUCAAGCUUCAGCAUGGGGAGUACGUCUCUUUGGGAAAAGUUGAGGCUGUUCUUAUGGCAACCUCCUGUGUCGACAACAUGAUGAUGCAUGCUGAUCCAUUCCACAGUUACACUGUGGCUGUAGUGGUGCCAUCUCAGCCUGCCCUUGAAGAAUGGGCUGCAAAGCAAGGAAUAAGCUACACCGAUUUCUCAGACCUGUGUGACAAGAAAGAAACAGUACAGGAAGUCCAAGCUGCUCUUGUCAAGGAAGCGAAGAAGGCGAAGUUGGAGAGGUUUGAGAUCCCGACGAAGAUAAAGUUGCUUUCAAAUCCAUGGACUCCCGAGACUGGGCUAGUCACUGCAGCUCUAAAGAUUAAGAGAGAAGCCAUUAGGAAGGCCUUCUCUGAAGAGCUAUCGAAGCUAUAUGAAUCGUGAAGUAGUUUUUGUUGGAAGCCAGCUGCCUAUGACUCUUGGUCACUGAGUUUUGUUGCUGAGUCCUGUGAACUAGUCUCAUUUUGUAGGGAUAUUGUUUAGGUUGCCUUUGAAUUUUUGCUGCUUUUCUACUUAUAUCUGCUUUACUUGGGUCCCGUUUCUGGCCAUCCCACAGUUACUUGUUUAUGUACGUGACGACAAGGUUUUAGUGCUUCCUUCUGCUUCUUGGGUUUCUGGCUAUUUAUGGCAAGUGACUUGGCAGGGCUUACAUGUUCGGAUUCAUGGGUAAAAAUUGUAGAUCUGUUGUUUUUCAACGAUGAUAGGACAAGCGUUAACUAAAUACCA